AUGCACUACGACUAUUGUUACUUGAUAGCAUUUAUUUAUGGAAUAUUCAGAAUAGUAAAAACUACUUCAAUCUCUACUGCUGUUUGGUCUGGCGCUACAAACGACGUUCGACCUAGAGAGAAUAAUGUCAACGAGCUUAAAGAGUAUUUGUCGAAAAAUUAUCGCAGUCGGCAGAAACUAUGCGUACAUAUACUAGCCAUUCUUAACAAAUCAUCCCACAGGGAACAUGCAAAGGAAUUGGGGAAUAAAGUUGGAAAUUCACCAGUCAUCUUUAUGAAACCAUCUAGUUGUAUUAUAGAAGAGGGUGAAAAUAUUAAGAUGCCCAAUGGAACAACGGAAGUUCAUCAUGAAGUUGAAUUAGGCUUUGUUAUUGGAAAGCGUUUAACAAAUGUGAAGCCGAAUGAGGUGUCUUCCUCAGUGAUGGGUUAUGUGGUCGCUUUAGAUCUAACCGAUCGAUUGUUACAGAAUGAGCUCAAGUCAAAGCAAUUACCAUGGACUCUAGCUAAAUGUUUUGACACUGCCUGCCCUGUGGGUCCAAUUCUCCCAAUGACUUCUCUACCCAUCAACAUUUUAAAAUUACGUGAAGAAUUUCAAACAGUGAACAAUGAAAUUUGGUGUAAAGUGAAUCAUUCUGAACGUCAACGAUCCAAGCUGAAUAUGAUGAUAUGGACACCGGCAGAUUUGAUAUCAAUAAUCUCUCAAAGAAUUUCAUUAGAAUAUGGAGAUCUUAUUUUGACUGGUACACCUGCAGGUGUUGGCCCCCUGAAAAUUGGUGAUGAAGUUGAAAUUGGUUUAGACAAUCUAUGCUCUGUAAAAUUUAAAGUUCAAUAAUUUUUGUAAAUAGUAAAAAAAAAUAGUGAUUGCUUUUGUUAACUUUAUAGCACUCCUUAGCUUAUAUAAUUAUAAAGCUUUGUUUUAGACUAUUGCUGCUUUUGUCUUUUUUGUUGUGUGUUGAUGAAUUAACUAAAGGCAGAUGCGCCAUCCUUGUGGGUUAUUCUUUUGACUAUGCAGUGAACCUGUGGAUCCUGUAUUAGCGUCUCAAUUAACUCUGCUGAACUGUAUAUUCCUGUGCUAUACACUCGGA